AAUAAUCAUCAAUUAACACCUUCCUUUUCUCGUCUUUAUAAACCAUCUCUUCUAAGCAUUAGAUCAUUUCAUCAUCAUCAAACAUAAUAACACUUCGAAAGAAGAAGAGCAACAGGAACAAGAAAAGACAAAAAAGAUUCGUAAGAAAAAAUGGGAAGAGCUCCAUGCUGCGACAAAGCAAACGUGAAGAAAGGGCCAUGGUCGCCUGAAGAAGAUGUGAAGCUCAAGGACUAUAUCGACAAAUAUGGCACUGGUGGCAACUGGAUCGCACUGCCUCAAAAAAUUGGAUUGAAGAGAUGUGGUAAGAGUUGCAGACUGAGAUGGCUUAAUUACUUAAGACCAAACAUCAAACAUGGUGGCUUUUCUGAGGAAGAAGAUAGUAUCAUCUUGAGUCUUUACAUCAGCAUUGGAAGCCGGUGGUCAAUAAUUGCAGCUCAGCUUCCUGGAAGGACAGACAAUGAUAUCAAAAACUACUGGAACACAAAACUGAAGAAGAAGCUGCUUGGCAGACAGAAACAAAUGACUCGUCAAGACUCUAUUGCAGAUUCGAAUGAAAGCAAUAUUAACAACAACAACAAGAGUCCUCAAAAUCUGAGUAGUUCGGCGCUAGAGAGGCUUCAACUUCACAUGCAGCUUCAGAAUCUACAAAGCCCUUUCUCUAGUUUCUACAACAACCCUAUCUUGUGGCCCAAGCUUCAUCCACUACUGCAGAGUACUACAACUACUCCGGAUCAAAACUCUAAGCUUGGAUCCCAAGAGUGCUUCCACCCUCGUGGAGCUAACGUUGUUCAUCAGAACAAUAAUAUCAAGCUAGCUGGGAUCAACGAUGGAGUCUCUCCUUUCUAUUCAGAGAACGUAGAGCAAUCCCUAAACCCUACUCACGGAUUUCAACCUAAUUUUGGGUUUUCGCAGGACUUUCAGCAAGAUAAUCAUAACAUGGACCUUAUGAACAGAGGCGGUUCUAAAGAAUUGUUUCAAGUGGGCAACGAGUUUGAACUGACGAACGGUUCAAGUUGGUGGUCAGAGGAAGUCGAGUUAGAGAAGAAAACAACGUCGUCGAGUUCUUGGGGAUCAACUUCUGUUCUUGAUCAGACGACUGAAGGAAUGGUUAUGCUUCAAGAUUACGCUCAGAUGAGCUACCACAGUGUGUAAUAAUUCAUAUCAUGUAUUUAUACAUGUAUGUAUAACUAUAGGAAUGGAGUAUUGAUGAAUUAUGUUUUAUGUAUUUUACGGUCAUAAGCUUAUAGCAUGUGUCGAGGGUGAAAGUUUUUUUUUAAUAAUAUGUUUUAAAGUGUAACGAGUUGUGGAUAAUAAUGUAAAUCAUUAAUUCUACUUGCUUUUCUUA